UGCAGGAACAUUUUCUGAAAGCACUGAGACACUGACACUAGAAUCGUUCGAGAAGGGUUUAGCCAAAAAUGGAACCAGCAGAAAUCAAGUCGGAAAAGAAGAAAGUGGUGGCUGUUGUGGGCGGCGGCUUGGUCGGUGCACUCAACGCCUGCUUUUUUGCCAAGAGAGGUUUUGACGUUCAAGUUUAUGAAAGUCGAGAAGAUAUCCGGACGGCUAAAGUGGUGAAAGGCCGGAGCAUAAACUUGGCUUUGUCUCAUCGCGGUCGUUCGGCUCUGAAGCACGUGGGGCUGGAGGAGAAGAUCGUCUCCCAGGGAAUCCCGAUGCACGCCCGGAUGAUCCACUCUCUGAACGGGAAACAGUCUCCGAUCCCGUACGGAAAGAAAGGACAGUUCAUUCUGUCUGUGGACCGAGCCAAUCUGAACAAGCAGCUGCUCACAGAGGCCGAGACGUAUCCAAACACCAAACUGAACUUCGACCACAAACUGCAGGACUGGAACGCAGAGACGGGGGCCAUGACCUUUGUCAGAGCUGACGGUACAAAGCAGCAGAUCUUGGCAGACUUGAUCGUCGGCUGCGAUGGGGCUUUUUCUUCCAUCCGGAAACAGUUUCUGAGACGCAGUCGAUUCAACUACAGCCAAACGUACAUCCCCCACGGGUACAUGGAGCUGACGAUGCCCCCGAGAGACGGAGACUUUGCCAUGAAGCCGAAUUAUCUGCACAUCUGGCCCCGAAACACGUUCAUGAUGAUCGCGCUGCCAAACCUGGAUAAAACAUUCACCUGUACGCUCUUCAUGCCGUUUGAGAACUUCGAGGAGAUCACCACAGGAGACGAGGUCCUGGAGUUUUUCCAGAAAUACUUCCCAGACGCCAUUCCAUUGAUUGGAGUUGAAGCUCUGAAGUGUGAUUACUUCCGUCUCCCGGCUCAGGCCAUGGUGUCGGUGAAGUGCUCGCCGUAUCACAUCGCAGAUAAAUGUGUCCUGAUGGGAGACGCUGCGCACGCCGUGGUCCCGUUCUACGGACAGGGCAUGAACGCAGGCUUCGAGGACUGCAUUGUGUUCGAUGAAAUUAUGGACCAGUUUAACGACGAUCUGAGUGAGGUUCUUCCAGAGUACACCAGAGUCAGAGUCCCAGAUGAUCACGCCAUCGCAGACCUGGCCAUGUACAACUAUAUAGAGAUGAGAGCUCACGUCAACUCAAAGUGGUUCCUUUUCAGAAAAUAUGUGGAUAAUUUCCUGCAUUUCCUCAUGCCUCGAACCAUAGUCCCACUCUACACCAUGGUGACGUUCACAAGGACACGGUACCAUCAGGCUGUGGAGCGCUGGCAAUGGCAAAACAAAGUGAUAAACCGUGGCCUGUUUUUCUGUGGCACUGGUGCGGUCCUGGGCGGGUCUUACCUCCUCUUCAAAAACCCUCCAAACGUCGACAAAAUUCACAUCGACGUCGAGAAAAUGUGGAACAGACUCCUCUCCACCGGGACCUCCUGAGGACUGGCAGCCAUUUUGUGAACCAUGAGUUUAAUUAGCUCUUAAUCGAAUGUAUUAAUUUAUAAUGAGUGAGCGGAGCCAGAAAGAAGCGCUGGAAAUGACGUCUGUAACUUAUUCAGGUCAAUGUGAAAAAUGAGCAGAUUUUUAUGGUCGUGUGAAACGUGCGAUGGUGAAAAUGAAACGGUUAGAGACAGAUACAUUUGUAAUAUUCCUUAAUUUUAUGGUUAAAUCAUUUGUCAUAAUCCUAACCCAGUGUUGAUACUUUGCAUUGACAUCACGCUGGGGGUGUUCUGUUUGUUUGUCUAUGGCGGAGUGUUCAGCAGUUACCGUGGUGACACAAUGUGCGCAAUAGCAAAAGCUGCCAAAAAAAAGUUUCAAGAUCGUCUGAAGCUAAUGAAAAAACACAUAAAAAACACAAAAACAAGACAUUUUCAGGAGGAGCGUAAACCCUACGCACUGUUGGGAAGGUGACUUUUAAAAUGUAAUCCCCUACAGAUUACAGAUUACACACACCAAAAUGUAGUUUGUAAUGUAAUCCAUUAAAUUACUUAAAGUGAGUAAUGUAAUCUGAAUACUUUGGAUUACUUGAUUUGCUGUAGAGAAGCAAAGACGAGGAAAUCUUCACAUAAGAAGUUUUACCUGCUAAAAGAAAAUGAAAAGCCCAGACUUUACUGAACCAAAUAAAAAAUAUUAUUGAUAGAAGAAGAGGAGACACGUCCACACAGCAGGAUUUAGUCCUGUU